UCCCUGAUUUAAAUACAGGUUAAAGCUACCGGUGGUUUCUUUCUUUUUGUAAGCUGCAAUAAUAGGAAAAUUGUAUGUAUAAUGGACAGAGACUGGCGUCCAUUUAUAUAUGGCGGGCUUGCUUCAAUCACAGCUGAGUUUGGGACCUUUCCAAUUGAUACGGCGAAAACCAGAUUGCAAAUUCAAGGUCAAAAAAUCGACCCAAUUUUUUCUGAGUUAAAGUAUUGUGGAAUGAUUGAUGCUUUUAUUAAGAUAUCUAAAGAAGAAGGCAUAUCUGCCCUCUAUUCUGGUAUAUGGCCUGCUGUUCUGCGACAGGCAACUUAUGGGACUAUUAAAUUUGGUACCUAUUACACUCUAAAAAAAAUGGCAAGUCAUUAUGGCUUGCUAAUUGAUAACGGAACUGGUAAAGAAAAAAUUUUGGGAAAUGUAUUGUGUGCAGUUUCAGCUGGUGCAGUGUCAAGUGCAAUUGCAAAUCCUACAGACGUUUUAAAAGUGAGAAUGCAAGUUCAUGGUAAAGGAUCCAAUAAUCUUGGCUUAUUUGCUUGUUUUGGUGAAAUAUAUCGAUACGAAGGCAUCAAAGGUUUGUGGCGAGGUGUUGGACCAACUGCUCAGAGGGCUGCUGUCAUUGCAGCAGUUGAAUUGCCAGUUUAUGAUUUUUGUAAACAUUACUUAAUGAGCACUUUUGGUGAUAAGGUAGUAAAUCACUUUAUCUCUAGUUUUGUAGCCAGUUUAGGAAGUGCUAUUGCCUCAAAUCCAAUUGAUGUCAUAAGGACACGAUUGAUGAAUCAGAAAAAUUUUGGUGUAAAUUUGAAUUCGCCGUCACACACUGCUUCAAAAAGAGUGUAUAGUGGAAGUCUGGAUUGUUUUUUCCAUACAACCAGAACUGAAGGUUUCUUGGCGUUGUAUAAAGGUUUUGUACCUACAUGGUUUCGAAUGGGACCUUGGAAUAUCAUUUUCUUUAUUACAUAUGAACGCUUGAAGCAAUUUUAUUAGAUAUAGAUUUAUAAAAUUGAAGCGCUAGGUGUCCAUUUAAAAAAAGCAGCAUUUAGUAUUUUUGAUUUUACCCGAUAAAAAACUAACCGCAUAUUAUAAGUUUAUGUAACUAGAGGCGCAAAGUACAUGUGUGCAUGUAAGAGCUCAUCCCUGAUUAUAUCUGCUCAAAAUAGUCAAUUUAUGUUAUAUUGUUUAAUAAUUUCAGAAAUAAUAAUAUACUUGU